GUCGAUGAGUUUUUGCAAAACCGAGAAGAAACAUAUUUCUCACAUCUCGCACUCACGCAAAAUCCUAUCUUCCAUCUCACUCUCUCAUGGCAGAGGUACAUCGACUUUCAAUAGAGGAGAAAAAGUUUUAGUUUUGUGUGUAAAGUUUUCCGUGCAAGACGUGCGUGCAAAAAAAUCUUCAAGAAGAAAAAUGUCUGAAGCAAAAGUAGAAAGUGAGACUCCUCUGCCACAGCGUGCGCAGAACCAGGGAAAUCCGGGAAAUCAAGCGAUGAAGGCCAACAAUGAUGGGGAUGGUCAAAUGGGGGGCUCUCAGCAAAUGGGCGGCGGUGGUGGCGGAGGCCCAAUGGGUGGGAAAAAGCCACAGCAGCGUAAUUUUCAGCAAGGGAAGAACAUGCGUGGGGGCAAUCGGGGCUUCGGCGGCGGUGGUGGUGGACCGCGCAAUCAGAUGAAUCGUCAAAAUCGCGGCAAUCCACAGCGCAAUGAAGGCCAAAUGAAGAAUGAGCCAAAUAGGGACGGUGGAGACGAUCGUAUGCAGCAGCAGCAACGUGGCCCAUUCCAGCGUCCCAAGAAUGAGGACUUUGGCAUCCAGCAGCGUCUGAAGCAUCUGCAGGGGCCAAUGCACGACAUCCCACCGCUAGAUCAGUCAGAAAUCAAAUUCUGCGGCAGAAAUCGUCUCUACAUUGGAAAUCUCACGAAUGAUGUGACCGAGGAGGAGCUGAGGCAGCUCUUUGCGCCCUUUGGAGAAAUUGGGGAGGUCUUCUUGAAUCCCGAGAAGAAUUUUGCCUUCAUCAAAGUUGAUUAUCACGCAAAUGCCGAGAGGGCAAAGAGAGAAUUGGACGGGACAAUGCGUAAGGGGAAGCAAAUGCGUAUACGUUUUGCUCCAAAUGGAACAAUUCUCAAAGUGAGGAAUAUUGCUCCAUUUGUCUCCAAUGAGCUUCUCUACAAAUCAUUCGAAGUCUUUGGACAGGUGGAACGUGCUGUUGUGAUUGUCGAUGAUCGUGGCAAACCAUCUGGUGAGGGGAUUGUUGAGUACUCCCGGAAAGCUAGCGCAAUGACAGCAAUGCGUCUCUGCUCUGAACGAUGCUACUUCCUCACAUCCUCUCUUCGUCCCGUUGUUUUGGAAAUGAUGGAGCAUGUGGACGACAUUGAUGGCUAUCCAGAAAAGUCAAUAAAUAAGAAAAUGAAUGACUUUGGACAAGCUCGUCAGGUUGGACCGCGUUUUGCGGAGCCAGGAAGCUUUGAACAUGAAUACGGGACAAGAUGGAAGCAACUUUAUGAGAUGUUCAAGCAGAAGCAGGAUGGUUUGAAGCGUGAAUUGGCCAUUGAGGAGGAUAAACUCGAAGCACAGAUGGAAUAUGCUCGUUAUGAGCAUGAAACUGAGAUGCUCCGUGAACAAUUAAGGAUGAGGGAACAAGAUCGUGAUCGUCAGAAGAAGCAGUGGGAGAUGAAGAAAGAUCAUCAUGAGGAAAUGCGGACACGUGAGGAAGUACAAAUGCGUCAACACCAGGAGGACAUUCAAAUGCGCAUGAUGCGUCAGGAUGAUGAACUGAGGAAGAGACAACAGGAGAAUACAUUGUUUAUGCAGGCUCAGCAGUUAAGUUCACUGCUUGAUCAACAGGAACGCAAAAAUUUUGAUGAUCGUCGUGGAAAUUUCAAUAAUCAAGGUGGCCCAGAUAUGAAUCAGAUGAACCAGAUGAAUAAACUGAGGGCAAAGAUGAAGCUUGACGAGAAAAUUGUUAAACUACCGAACCAACCUGAGUAUCCAUCAGAAAAAUUCCCCAAUGGAUUCACUGGAGUUCCUCUCAUUGUUUCUCGAGAGAAGGAUAUGAAUAAGGUUGCUAGAUCAGUGGCCCAUGGUUUGAGUUGUGACAACCUUAAAAUCCAGGAAGCUGUCCACUUUCUCUACAUGUUUGGUCUCGAAAUGGAAAAAGAAUGUCCGAAGGACAUUAAUUGUUUUGGCAAACCAUGGCUUAAAAAGGGUGAGAAAGUAACCCCCCUUACGCCGUUCAAUAUUGAGUUCAAUGAUUAUGUAUUUGAUAAUGUGGAUCCCAAUCCACCACUUCUUGUGAACGAAAAUGCUUCACUCGCCUUCAGGAUUAUAUGCAUCUAUCGAGUACAUAAGACAAAAAAUGACACCCACAAAGCCUCUCUGCAACGUAGGGCUCAAACGUAUAUGAGACAGCUAGAGAUCAACGGAGAAUGGAGAGGUACAGCAACCCCAAACUCCUACAAUGGCUGGCCGAACAAUGAUAACUUUGCCAAAAUCGUUGCUGGGUUUGAUUGGUUUUUUGUUCUUUUCCCGGAUCACCCUUUGGCACAGUUCAGAUUCGGAAGCUUCGUAACGCGGAUGGCUGAGUGCUCUGUUUACCACAGCUUCAAAAAUAUCUGCAAUGCUCUUAUACCGUAUUAUAAACUUCCUCUAUGGAUAUUUGAUGAGCAGAUGAUGAAUGAAUACGUAAUCAUAGGGAAAGAAAGUGAUUUCCUAAAUGAGAAAGGAUCAAUAUUCCCAUACUUCGCAUGUCUACGAAUGUCAAGGAGAUCUCCAUGGGGGAUUGAGCAAUGUCCCCUUUUGCACACCUGGUUUAACAUAAUUGGGUGUUUGGCAGGCUGCAGCGACACUUCGAAAGAUGCAAUCCUCCCUCCCAAUAUCAAUUUGAAACAAUUGAUAGACUACGCAACCCUCGCUGUUUAUGCUUGGACAAACGGUUUUGGGGCCGGACGUAUGAUAGUACAGGUAGAUGAAAAUCAGGAUGAGUUGAAGCGUAGGUUUUCUGAAGCACGAACUUACUUGUCGCGUUGUAUGGAUAUGGCCAGGAUUCGGUCAGUUGACAAUACGAGUGAUGAAGGAGGCGAUGGAUCUAUACCCUCCAAACUAGAUUUAUCCAGACCUGUUCCCUGGACACAGGACCCAGAUGAAAUACUAAUAUGGUACAUAAAACGAGGAUAUGAAUUGAAUGAUGAACUUAAGCGUCGCAAUAAACACGAUGUCUCCAUACUUGUACCCCUAAGAUUGGGGACUAUAGGACAUGCGUUGUACACAAUGAUAAUUGGACCGGUCCCAGCUGAACACCUAAAACGAUAAGAACGUCAUCAGGCGAUCGGAAAGUAAAACAUUUGAAAAAAUCUUGUAUGUAUUAAAAAAAAAAGUUCUAAGAGCCAUAAACUUCUGUCCUGUCAAAAACUGUUUUAAUAAUUUUUGAUCGAAGGGGAAAGAGAUGGUUUCGCAUUUAGGGAUCCCUACUGUUAGUUUGCUCUGACUGAAAAUUGAAAGAAUUUUGGGAAAUUAAAGUAUUGAAUGAGACAAACUGGCGGUUACGGUUUUCUAAAACUGCGUCCUACUGAAACUUACAAAAUCUUGUUGGUUUAUUUUCAUCUACUAGCACACAACGGCUGAUUAAUUGAGAGACUAAUGGACCUAGGCUGAAGAUAAGCCUAGUGAAAGAAAUUUUAAGAUAUUUAUCUUGCACGUUUCUGCUUUUCCCUGAUUAUGAGUCUUAUUGCUUGCUUUCAACGUAUUUGGGUAUAAAACAUAAUAACUCUAGAAAUUGUCUAGCCUAAGAGCAUGCUGAGCUAUAUGGAUCUAUAUUUUAAAGAAAAAUUGCCAAAUAGGCAUUUAUUCUUGUUGUUUAACAUUAUAAAACAAUUACAACCAAUUUGUUUACAUUACCUACAGAUUUUUAUGAAUAAGAAAACUACAGAAGGACAUGCCUACCCUAUUUAUGCUAUAUUAAGUGAACUAGGAAAGACACAGCUAAAAGUUAUUCUUCUAGACUUUAUUAGGUCACUCAAGAAGUUGUUUAGGAAAGGUCUGUUGUACAAAGUAUUCAUGGUGUGUUCUGGACAUACCUCAGACUUUCUUUGGGUAAAAUAAUGGAUGUAAUGGAAAUAUAAAAAACAAAUCGUAAAUAGAUGAAAUUUCCUUAUCAAACUAUUAUAUUUUGUGUCUUUGACACACAAUUUUCUUAAAAAAACAAAAA